UGGGGACAGGGGAAACAGAUUCUCGUCAUAUGCUUGGGUUGAGAUGGGGACCUGGGGGAAGAAGAUUUGUCUUCAGGUCAGAGGGAUAGAGAGCAAACUUGCUUUGGCGUAGUCAUCGCAUGGAUUUUUAAAAGUUUUUAGGGUGACAUUUUGGUUUAUACGUCCCGCCUCUCGAGUCAAACUUUUUGAAGCGUUCCUGCCACCCUCGCACACGUCUGUUGACGUGCAGAGCAUCGCAGUGGACGUAGUGAUCAGGAGGGGAGUAGAAGCCUGAGGGCAGCAUCUCCGAGACGGAUCACCAUGAGAGAGGAGCUGUCCUGCUCUGAUUCUCCUGAGGGAGCGAUAGUGGCCAGCGAGGAGGACGUGGAGUUCGGGCAAAAGAAAUGUGCGAUACCUGCAGGGGCCGGUGGCCGCAAAAGACUACCCUACCCAAAGAAGGGCAGCAGGGUGGAGGACGGUGGAGCAGACAGCCCUGGCUGCCUAGUGCCCCCAGGGCCGAAGCGGACCAAGAAAAGCCCCCCAAUGGUGGCGGCGGGGCCAGAGACGCCCCUGGAGGACCUGCACACCCAGCGCGUUAUCGCCAAUGUGCGGGAACGGCAGCGCACGCAGUCACUGAACGACGCCUUUGCCUCCCUGCGUAAGAUCAUCCCCACGCUGCCCUCCGACAAGCUGAGCAAGAUUCAGAUCCUUAAACUGGCCUCGCGCUACAUCGACUUCCUGUACCAGGUGCUGCAGAGUGACGAGAUGGACAGCAAGCUGGCCAGCUGCAACUACCUGGCCCACGAGCGGCUCAGCUACGCCUUCUCCGUCUGGAGGAUGGAGGGGGCCUGGUCUAUGUCUGCUUCCCACUAGCCUCCACCCUCCCCCCACCCCCGAUCCCCCUUCACCCCCCACCUUCGUCCCACUUCUCCCCUCCCUUGUUCCACUCCAUCUCCACUGCUUGGCUGCAAUCCAUCAGAAUUCACCCUGGAACCUGGAUCCUUCUCCCCUCAACAGACGGCAGGAACCUUUGAUUUCUGUAUUUGGAAACUGGGUUUGCAAGAAUUUCUUAACUCUCCCCCAUCUCAACAGUGCCUGUCAGUGGAGGUAAACCUUGCCUGCUCAAGUGCGAUCCAAAAGGACAGAGUUUGUCUCUGGAUUGUUCUGUGAACUAAAAUAAGGUCUUAAACUGGUAGCUGCCUGCAGCCUCGAUGGGAGACCUCAUCUAAGACCACCUCUAAGUCACAGGGCUGAGUGUGGCACAAAGCAGACUUCUAAUGAAGAGCGCUAAUCACUCUUUGACUUCCACACCAUUGCUGUCUAUUUCACAGUCCAGGCUGGUGCUGUACUCAUUUAAUGCUGAUCCUCUCAGAUGCAUAAAUAGCAUCCUGCUUACAUGCUGUUUGUAGAUAAUGGAUAACAAGCAGUAAUGUUCUAAUGAUAUCGCUCGUUAAACAAGUUAAGACACCAGCUUUAAUUAACAAAGAAAAGCCAAAGAAGGGAAACCAGGUGAAGCAAAAAUGCAACAAAUUACUGUAGAGUUAUAGUAAAAUAAAGGGAAACGUGAGUUAGGCCAGAGGCAGUCAUGCUUACUUAUUUUCUAGACAUUUGAGCAGGCUCUUUGUAACAAGUAUAUCUGUAAAAUGUAUAUGUUUCUUUGCAAAAAGGAUAAACGUAGUUUAAAUAUUGUGUGACACGUUAAAAGAUGAUGUAACAUACUGAAACUCUGUAACCCAGGUGUGGCAAACUUCUGUAUGUGACUAAAGCUCCUCCACACACUCCGAA